UCGUUGCUAGGACCUCGUCGAACUUGAACCAUUACUCAGUAUCUAACUGGCUAUAUCGCACCUGAUCCCAGCAUCAGGAGUCUAGGGCAUACAUCAGUCUUCCAUAACUACAUAGUCCCUGGAAUGGUGAGAGUAACAGACUAGGGCUUACUUAGAUCACUCUAUCGUUGUACAAAUACAUUUCGAAGCAGUAAAGGCCCGAGUAAAGGCCAGUGAUGCAUUGCAGCCCAACAGCACCAAUGGAGCGCCCGAAUCCUUCCAGCAGUGCAACACACUAUAGGACGAUCAACAAUUGACCUGAAAACGCCUACACUUGCGAAUAAAUAAUGGCAUUACGAAGAACGUCAAGCAGCAACUCCGAGUCUAAUCCGGAGAUUGCCUCUAGAAAUAGGAAAGUUUCAUUUCCAUUAGCUGCGUUAUUUCAAUCGGUAGUCCAAGAUGGGGACCCGGAAGAAAUCAUGAAAAUCCUCAAGCACAAGGAUUAUAGCCCAUCUUGUGGUGGGGCUGCUAUUAAUGUUAACGAAACGAACCAUGUGGGCUUAACGCCCCUGCACCACUGCGUAUUGAACAAUAAUAUGGAUUCGGUAAAAAUAAUGUUAAACCACGGCGCUACGGUGAAUUCCAGAGACAUAAAUGGCUUCUCACCCCUUCACACUGCUUCGGCAGCAGGUUUUGUACAGGUCGCUAGUAUGCUCAUAUGUUUUGGCGCGGAUGUAUUUGAAAGAACUAAUGACGGUGAUUUACCCAUCGAUCUAGCAAAAGAUGCUGCGACCUCUCAACUGUUUAACGCUGUUAUGAUUGAACAGUUGCACAGAAAACUCAUGUUCUCGGGAUUAACAAAAUAUUACUCGUUAGAAGCAUUUUCAUUUAUCAAACAAACAGUGUCCUAUAUAAUCAGAUUAUUAAUGCGAACUUGGAUAUACUUUAACGCAAAAUUGCAGCAAUGGUUAAGUAGGGAGACGAUAAUAAAUUGUGAUGAUUACAAAUCAAAUAUCAAUUUACCACAAAAGCCCUUUGUAUCACAUUCGAUAAAAGAAGACGAAACCAACGAAAGUCCAACUAAAAACGGCUCUGUAUCUUAACCGACUGAUUCAUAUUGACGUCGAUGCUUCCCAUAUUGCAAUUGUAAAUAGCGGCAAAGUAGUACUGUCAUUGAUAAUUAGUUUAAAAAGAAUUACUGAGCAUGCAUGAACCACCUUGAGAUAAAUCAGCUCUCAACGCAUCUUUGAAAUUAAAAGGGCAACUUUAUCUCGAGUCUAGUCUUCGACUUCAAAGUUGGAACCUCGUAGAGCAAGAUGCCAAGCUCAAAUAGAGUUAGCCUAGACGCUACUAUCAGCAAAUGAUUCUAAUAAAGAAUAUCAAACCGUCAAACAGUUUCUAUAAAUAUUUCCUUAACCCUACUGCACGAGACUCUAACCAUCCAUUAUAUCAGAAUUAUUUCUGGAUCUUACUACUACAUGGAUUCUUACUUCAUCCACAUAGGCAAU